AUCGCUGCACGAGCUCGGACUGCUGGAGAUAUCUGCGAGGAGGAGGAGCUGUCAAAGUUUGAGUUUCCCAGAGAAGGAAAAGUCUUUUACUAAACGAGGGGAGGAAAAAAAAACCUAAAGACUUUUCAGUUUGGAUGAAGCGGAAUAUCGCGCGUUCUUCGCAUGGAAUGACACCUUCUCACCGGGAGCUUCAAAAACACGAUGGCAACCCGUUUGGUGAAGUGGAUCAGUCUCACCUCUCUCCUCUGCCUGGGCUGCUGUGUUCUGGCGGAAAGGAAAGUUUGCCAAGGCAUCAGCAACCGUUUAAACCUUCUGGGUUCCAAAGAUGACCACUACCUGAACAUGGUGAAGACCUACAGCAACUGUACUGUGGUCCUGGAGAACCUGGAGGUCACCUACAUGGAGGAGCACCGUGACCUGUCCUUCCUCACGUCUAUUGAAGAAGUGGGCGGCUAUGUGCUGAUCGCCCUCAACACAGCAUCCAGGAUUCCUCUGCAGAACCUGCGCAUCAUUCGAGGUCAUUUGCUCUAUGAGGGCAUGUUUGGCCUCGCUGUGCUGGCUAAUUAUGACAAAGCUACAAGUCAGGGCACCAAUGAGCUUCUUCUGACCAACCUGACAGAAAUUCUUAAAGGAGGUGUAAAGUUUGGGACCAACCAGCCAUGCAAUGUGGAAACAAUACAGUGGAAUGAUAUUAUCAACACUGAUAUCAAACCCCAAAUGGUGCUCCCAUCGGCCAUUAGCCAUCCACGUUGUAAAAGCUGUGACCCAAGCUGCUUCAAUGGCUCAUGCUGGGCACCUGGUCCUCAAAACUGUCAGACCUUAACAAAGCUGAACUGUGCACAGCAAUGCUCAAAGAGAUGCAAAGGGCCUUCACCCAGCGACUGUUGUAAUGAGCAUUGUGCUGCGGGCUGCACAGGACCACGGCCCACUGACUGUCUGGCCUGUCGGGACUUCCAGGACAACGGGGUGUGUAAGGACUCCUGUCCGGGCCUCAUGCGUUACGACCCCAACCUGCACCAGCUGGUACCCAACCCACUUGGAAAGUACAACUUCGGGGCCACCUGUGUAGAGAGAUGCCCACAUAACUAUGUUGUAACUGAUCAUGGAGCUUGUGUGCGGACGUGCAGCGUUAACACAUAUGAGGUGGACGAGGGAGAAAUCAGGAAGUGUGCCAAGUGUGAUGGACUGUGCCCAAAAGUGUGUAAUGGACUUGGAAUAGGAAACCUGACUAACACAUUGUCUAUCAAUGCCACCAACAUUGAUUCCUUUAAAAACUGCACAAAAAUCAAUGGUAACAUUGCUAUCAUCAAGACAUCAAUUUAUGGUGAUGAAUAUACCAAGACACCAAAGAUGGAGCCUGCCCAGCUUGAUGUUUUUAAGACAGUUAAGGAAAUUACUGGAUACUUGUUGAUUCAAACAUGGCCAGCAAGCAUGAACUCACUCAGUCCUUUUGAGAAUUUGGAGAUCGUCCGAGGACGUACUAAGCGUGGUAGCCGCAGCGUGAUGAUGGCUCAUCUUAAUAUCAACUACUUGGGUCUUCGCUCACUCAAAGAAAUCAGCGAUGGAGAUGUGGUCAUCAUUAACAACCAGAACCUGUGCUACGCAAACAAAAGCCACUGGAAGGGGCUCUUCAAAUCAGAAAGCCAAACUGCUACCAUAGAAGGAAAUGCUGAUGCUACCACAUGUGCCCUGCAAAACAACACUUGUGACAGGAAGUGUGCCACGGACAGCUGCUGGGGCCCUGGCCCGGACAUGUGUUUUGCCUGCCGUGACCACAGCCGUGAUGGGAGCUGUGUUGACUCUUGCAAUAUCCUGGAGGGAGAGCCGCGAGAGGCCGUCGUCAAUAAAACCUGCAUGGAGUGUCACCCCGAGUGUCAACGCUUGAAUGGAACCGCAACCUGCAGUGCGCCUGGUUCUGGAAACUGUACUAAGUGUGCCAACUUCCAAGACGGCCUGUUCUGUGUUUCCCGAUGUCCCCAAGGCGUGCCAGGGGAGGACGACAUGCUGGUGUGGAAAUACGCUGAUGAGAUGAAAGUGUGCAGGCUAUGCCACAAAAACUGCACUCAAGGGUGCAUGGGGCCUGGUCUCCAAGGCUGCCAGAGUAAAAGCCCCUCAGGCCUUUCCAUGAUUGCGGCUGGUGUAGUUGGUGGGCUGCUGGCUGUUCUUAUUGCAGCCCUGUCUGUGUUUGUGUUGCUACGCCGUCGCUACAUCAAGAGGAAGAGAACCAUGCGCAGACUUCUCCAAGAGAGAGAGUUGGUUGAACCUCUGACUCCAAGUGGAGAGGCUCCAAACCAGGCUCUGCUGCGAAUCUUGAAGGAACCUGAAUUUAAGAAAAUCAAAGUGCUGGGAUCCGGAGCUUUUGGUACAGUUUACAAGGGCCUGUGGGUUCCGGAGGGAGAAGAUGUGAAGAUUCCAGUAGCCAUCAAGGUUUUAAGAGAGGCCACAUCACCAAAAGCAAACAAAGAGAUCUUGGACGAGGCUUAUGUGAUGGCCAGUGUGGAACACCCCCAUGUGUGUCGUCUGCUUGGUAUCUGCCUGACCUCCACAGUGCAGCUCGUCACCCAGCUGAUGCCCUACGGCUGCCUGCUGGACUAUGUCAAAGAGAACAAAGACAAUAUCGGCUCCCAGUACCUGCUCAACUGGUGUGUGCAGAUAGCCAAGGGUAUGAACUACUUGGAGGAGCGGCACUUAGUACACCGUGACUUGGCAGCAAGAAAUGUCCUGGUGAAGACUCCUCAACAUGUCAAGAUCACUGACUUUGGUCUGGCUAAACUCCUCAACGCAGAUGAGAAAGAGUACCAUGCAGAUGGUGGAAAGGUACCAAUAAAAUGGAUGGCUCUUGAAUCCAUCCUGAACAGAACAUACACACACCAGAGUGACGUUUGGAGUUAUGGCGUAACAGUUUGGGAGCUGAUGACAUUUGGGACCAAACCAUAUGAUGGGAUUCCAGCCAGUGAAAUAGCUGGGGUCCUAGAGAAAGGGGAGCGACUGCCUCAACCACCAAUCUGUACCAUAGAUGUCUACAUGAUCAUGGUGAAAUGUUGGAUGAUUGAUGCAGAUAGCCGACCUCGUUUCAGGGAACUAAUAGCUGAGUUUACAAAAAUGGCCCGGGAUCCUUCUCGAUAUCUGGUCAUUCAGGGCGAUGACCGCAUGCACCUGCCGAGUCCCACAGACACUAAAUUGUAUCGCAGCCUGAUCAGUGGGGAUGGAAUGGAGGACGCUGUGGAUGCAGAAGAGUACCUGGUGCCGCAACAUGGAUUUUUCAGCAGUCCGAGCACCUCCGUCACACCGCUUCUUCACUCCACAAGCCUCAACAGUAGCAUUGGAACGUGCCACAGCAGAACUGGCUUAUUGAAUGGAUUCCCGAGCAGAGAUGGAAGCAUGGUACUCAGAUAUAUUCCUGACCCCACAGACAAACUUUUAGACAACGCCUUCCUGCCAUCUCCAGACUACAUGAACCAGAACGGAGUCUCAGAUGUGAUGAAUCCCAUCUACCAGCACCCUGGUCCACCUCGCACCAUCCUUCCCACCAUCUCUUCAGACGACACAGAGACAGAGUACCUGAACUGCUUCAAAAACGGGGCCUACGGACCUGAGUACCUCAACGAGGUCCGGUCCCCCGCUAUGCUCCCGCACACCUCCAAUGGCACGGUCCACAGCAUUCAGAAAUACCAGCCACAAAAUAGCAUAGACAACCCUGAUUACCAACAAGAUUUCACUCCCAUCUUCAAGACUCACGCCAACGGACACAUCCCAGCAGCAGAGAAUGCAGGGUACCUGGGCCCAGACUGA